GCAACCCGCAGGCAAUCGGCCAUGUUCCCUACGGGUCCGUAGGUCACAAAGAUAUAACAGGUUACAGGUGUCAAUACAAUACAUAUUAUUCACCGGAAUACCACUUUUCUAUAACACAAAUGUUCAAUACUCAUGCCCGUUCGGCAUUUAAUAUUUUAAUGUACAUGUCUGAAAGAAGUGCAGUUUUGAUCCAGCGGAACCCAUAAAAAUUACUAGGUCUGCUAUAAUUCAAUAUAUUUCAUUUUUUUCUUCGCAACUACAAUAACAGUUUUGAGUUUUCAUGAUGUAUUCAAGUGUCAUGCUUAAGAGAUUGACCAACCUCAAUUUCUUUAAAAAACAAUAUAUGUUAUAUAGUUCCAUAUCUGGUAAUAUCCAAGAUUUAUCAUAUCGAGGAAUCAACAAAGUUAAUUUUAUUCCUACAUUAGAUAUAAAUGAACCAUCUUUAAAUUCAAUGCCUAUUUUUAGAAUAUUAGAUGAUAACGGAGAUAUUGUGAGCAAUUGUAAUUCUGUACCUGUUAUUAUACCAGAAAAUGAUGAAUUACUCAAAAUGUAUAAAUCAAUGGUUUUAUUAUCCAUUAUGGACAAAAUUUUGUACGAAUCUCAAAGACAAGGCAGAAUAUCAUUUUACAUGACCAAUGAAGGUGAAGAAGCUGCACAGAUUGGUAGUGCAGCAGGGAUACAUUUCAAUGAUCAGGUCUAUGGCCAAUACAGAGAAGCUGGAGUCUUACUAUUCAGAGGAUUUACUCCUGAACAAUUCAUGAAUCAAUGUUUUGGCAAUAUCGAAGAUCUUGGUAAAGGAAAGCAAAUGCCAGUGCAUUAUGGAUCAAAGGAUCUUAAUUUUGUAACACUUUCAUCUCCUCUUACUACUCAGUUACCUCAAGCCGUUGGAACAGCAUAUUCUUUUAAACUGUUAAAAAAUAAUCGUUGUACUAUUGUUUAUUUCGGUGAGGGGGCUGCAAGUGAAGGAGAUGCCCAUGCUGCAUUUAAUUUUGCAUCCACUCUUAACUGUCCCAUAAUUUUUUUCUGUCGUAAUAAUGGAUUUGCUAUAUCAACACCGGCUAAUGAACAGUAUCGAGGGGAUGGUAUUAUAAGUCAUGGUCCUGGCUAUGGAAUAGCUACUAUUCGUGUUGAUGGCAAUGAUAUUCUUGCAGUUUACAAUGCGACAUUAAAAGCUCGAGAAUAUGUUAUGACCAAUACAAGACCAUUGAUUUUGGAAGCUAUGACCUACCGACGUGGGCAUCAUAGUACAUCUGAUGAUAGCACUGCAUAUAGAUCUAAAGAUGAAAUUGAACAAUGGGCAAAUAAAAAUCCAAUUACAAGAUUAAAAAAAUUUUUAGAGAAAAAAAACCUUUGGAAUGAUCAAUAUGAAUUAGAAUAUACCAAAGAUACUAAAAAACAAAUUAUGCAAAUGUUUGCAAUUGCAUCAAAGAAAAAUAAACCAAAUUGGAAAGAAAUGUUUAAUGAUGUUUACUAUGAAAUUCCAGAUCAUCUGCUGGAACAAAUGAACUCAUUGGAAAAUCAUAUAUCACAUUACCCUGAACAUUACGUAAUUGAAUAAGUUAUCCACAUUUGAACUCAAUAAAUGAAUAGAUUUUUUAA